UCCCAGUCUUUUUGUUUGAGGGGAAGCGACAACACCGUCCGCCAUGCUUGUUCGCAUCAGUUCAUUAGACUCUCCAUGAUGUGGCAACAACGACCGCCGAACCCCGUUCGAUAUUUUUAAAAGAUAAACACGAUCGUAAUUUAUUUUUUAUUUUCUUUUGAGUUGAUUUCUAAAGUGGUGCGAGACGGAAAAGGGCGGAGAGAACGCGAUACGACUCGACCGGGCCCUCGGAAAAAUAUUAAAUAAUUUCGGAGCCUUUUUGAAUGAUUGCGACCGAUCCGGUUGUUUCCUGAAGCCAUCCCAAAUCCAGUUUCUUAUUUUUCUGUUUUCACCUAUUAAAAAACAAAUUUUCGCCUUUGUUUUUUAUUUAAAGGAAAGAAGUCUUUUCCAGUUUCUCAAUUUUAUUUUCCAAGAUGAUGGAUGCUUUGGCGCUUAAAGAGCUGGAGGAAAUGACAUACUGUGGCUACUGUAAACAGAAGUACAAUGACACAGAUCAAAUACCCAAGCUCCUCAGCUGCAAGCAUUACUACUGCCUCAGCUGUGUCCACUCGAUGAUGAAGGGUCUUGAAGUGUUUUGUGUCAACUGUUGGAAGAGGACAGAGUUAGCCGAACAAGGCCCAGAAACACUGCCAACUUAUAACCCAAUUUUACAACUUUCCUUGCACUUUUCUAAUAUGAAACUUACAUCGUCCAAACCGCCGGAAAAAGAACGAAAAACCGUUUUAAGCGAAAACUGCCAUAGGCAUGGUAUGCCUCUUGCACUGUGGUGUCAAACCUGCAGCAAUGCGAUCUGUAGAGCUUGCGCUACUCCAACAGAUCAUCCUUCACAUCAAAUAAGAUCUCACGCCGAAGCAAAAGAACAACUGAUAUCCGAUGUUCAAACUGAAAUAUCAGCAGUGUCAAAACUUUUACAAGAUGUAUCGAGGCUUUUGAACCAACAGAGAGGCUUUUUACUACAAGUCCUCGAAUCCUGCAUGACUCUGAAAACACAUAUUGAAACAGAUUUGCAGAACGGAUGGAUCCACAUGCCAGAGAUCGGAGAGAGUCGAGACUUGCUUACAAAAGCAAGGCUUAUUUUAUCACAGGUUGAGAACCCAUCAGAAGCGCAAGCUCUUUACUCGAGCUUGACUUUAGAAAAGCAACGUCUCCAGGCAAAAGUGCAAGAUAUGUAUUUCCAGUGUCAGCUGGAUGACUUGAUUUGUAAUUCGAUCGUUGUUUUUGAUUUUCCACUUCUGAAACAAGCCCUUGCAAGUAUUCACACGGUAGUUGAGUCUCCUGUUCAUCCGAGAAAUCAGGCGCCGCCACCGAACCCAUUGCUCUUCUUGACUAAUUAUUGCAUGUCUCAGCUUUACACGAGACACAUGGUGUCAAAACAACACAUACAGCAGAAUGGAAAUGUCGAUUACAUAAAACCUCAAUACGAUAUGAGUCUAUCGGUACCUUUACAACAGUCUUCGGUCGUGACUGUCGUCCGUCCUUCUAACUCAUACCCUUUGUUUUAUUUUAAUAUCGAAGUCAAUGGAACUCCUCACGGAAGGAUCGUCAUUGAAACGAGGCCAGAUGUUGCACCGAAAAUGGCCAAAAACUUUGCAGUCUUAUCCACUGGAGAAAGAGGAAUAACGUACAAAGGAUGUACCGUCUUCCAGUGUUGGGAGGGAGAGUCUGUCAUAACUGGUGAUUUUGAGUCAAACAACGGUCGAGGAGGAAGAUCGAUUUAUGACGAAGGCUACUUCAUGCCAGACGACACUAAAUUUCCAGCAGUGAGAGGUGCUGUGGGAAUGAGACGGACUCAAAAACGCCACGAUAAUCUUGGAAUGGUCGGAUCUCAGUUUAGAGUUAUACUGCAAGAAAUGCGAGGGUUUACGGCAAUAUUUGGCCAUGUUGUCGAAGGGAUUGAACUCGUUGAAAAAAUUGCAUCGUUUAGUGACCAAACAGGAAAACCAACAAAAACCGUUGUAAUAGUAAAUUGUGGUAAACUUUAGAAGCGUUUGUACAAUACAAUUUUUAAUCCACUCAGUUACUGUUGAUUAAAGUAAUUAUAUAUACAUAUAUAAAUUUUAGCAAAUUAUGAAACAUGAAUAUCUGCAUUGAUGUAAAGAAGAAUUUUAUUAUUAUUAAAAGACUGUUAGUACAAGAAAAAUAAUUGAAGAGCCACCUUUUAAUUUUUUUAAUAUAUAUAUUUGUGUAUCUAUUUACACACACAAAUUCUAUUUGAAUUAUUAAAUCAAGUUCACGUAAAAGCUAAUUAAAACAAAAUGCAAUUUCUCUAGCUAAUUCACUGGUAUGUAACUGAGUGCAUUGAAAAUUUCAUUACUUUUGUAGAGUUACAUUGAAAGCACACAAACAACACUAGAUAGAGAAUGACAAAUUAAAAAAAAAAGAAAUAAGAUCUUGGCUAAUCUUUAAUCUUACACGCUAGUGAUGUGAUAAGAUUUGGCCUCUUGUCGUGCUUGGUAAUUGUAACUCUGCAAUAUGAAAUCGGCCAACAUUUAGUUAAAAUUUAAGCAUAGAAUUGUUCGUGGUUAUAAUUUGUAAUCGUAGUUCUUUUUUGGAUCUCAGGCCUCUCACCGAACUGUACAAAUUUUCAAAUUUGAACUUUUUUUAAUUACUAUAAUUUCGACAAUUUAAUUUUUCCCUGAGGCUAUUUUUGUACAGCGUGGGGUACAACGAAACGUGAUUUUCAGGGAGAAACCUUCGUAAAAAAAAAAUAAUAAUUAAAAAAUACAAAAUACGGGAUUGUAUAUUCGGAAAAAAGUGACGAAGUAUUUUUGAAACAAAAAAAAAAAAUAUUAAAAAUAUUUUUAAAAUAAUAUUUGUAGAAGGGUAUAUAUAUAUAUAUAUAGUGGCGUUAAUUUCGAGCGAAACCAGUUAAUCGAGUUAUUUGAUAUAGUUUAUUUUUUGAUCAAAUCGGUAACACGAAGGUUUGUGUUGUUAAAUAUGUUACAGUUAUUUUUAGCUGUAGAAUUUGUACACAAUAAACACAAAAAUAUAUAAUACUGUGUGUUCCAUCAUAGAACGUAAACUGAUUUUUUACUUACAAAUUUUUAUCUACCACGUAUGUUCGCAAAUAAAUAUAAAAAAAAGGCAAAAUUAUUUUUGAACUCUGAAAUUUUGUUUUAAAAAAUAAAACCAACUACUUAUGUUAAGAUGGAUCAUUUAUGUAUAGCAUAUAGAAUAGAAUUCCCAUCCGAAAAUCCUGCCAUUACCGCAAUUUCCUUUUAAAGUUGAUGUAAUGGUCAAUUUAGUCAGGGUUCUAGUGAAAAGCCUAAAAGGUACAGUAGUCUCGAAUAUAUAUAUUAUAAAUAUAAAUAUAUUUUUUCUCGUGUUAAAUAAAAAAAGAAAAUCUGCGAUUCUCCUUUUAUUUGUCUUUUUUUUUUUUUUUUUAAUUUACUUUUCAGUGUUUGGUUUAACGGUUGGUUUAGCAUUGGUUGAAAAUGUACAGCCAACAUUGCUUUUACUCUUUGUUAGUGUAGACUUAAAAAGUAGAUUCUUAUGCUAAACUAUAUUAACUACUUGUGAAAUUUAGUUAUACCUUUCACAGAGCAAAACUGUUUUGUUAUUAUUAUUUUUAAUAUGUAUUGUGCCUUCAAGUACCUGUGAAUGAUUUUGGACUUUAAAUUUAAACAGUUUGAAAGUUUAAAGAUGGAAAAAUCCCCCCUCCAAACAAAAUGUAUAUUUAAACAUAUAUAAAAUAACUGCAAAAUCAUGUAUGUAUAAUUAAUAUACAUAAUAAUUUAAGUAUGUUUAAAAUAUUAAAAAACUGAUGUAUGGGGGUUCAAAAGCAAGCAAAGCAGAUAUGUUUGUAAAAUUAAUAUCAAAUGACAAUAUCAUAAACAAAAUCUUGUUGGCUGUACUCAACAAAGUCCAGAAGAAAGAUUCUCCUUGUAAAUUGUUACAAAGAUUUGCAACGGAUUCAAGCCUUCUUUGUGUUUUCUGCCCCAAGAAAAAAAUAUAAAUGUUUACAACUAUCCGA